AUGUUAUCACUACUACUUCUACUUGCUCUAUGCCUAAUUCUCCCUCUCCUAAUCUUCCUCCAUAAACAUAAAACCACUAAAAAAUUUCCACCUGGUCCUAAAGGCCUUCCCAUUAUAGGAAAUCUUCAUCAACUAGACAUUUCUAAUAUUUGUGUUCAACUUGCACAAUUUUCAAAAAUAUAUGGUCCUAUCUUUUCACUCAGACUUGGUUCAAGACAAGCUAUUGUUGUUUCUUCAUCAGAAAUAGCCAAAGAAGUGUUAAAAAAACAUGACCAUUUAUUUUCUGAUAGACCUCAACUAUAUGGUCAACAAAAACUAUCUUACAAUGGGUCAGAAAUUAUAUUUUCACAAUACAGUGAUUUUUGGAGAGAAAUAAGAAAAAUUUGUGUUGUCCACAUUUUUAGUUCCAUACGUGUAGCAUAUUAUUCUUCUAUAAGAAAAGUUGAGGUGAAGAAAAUGAUUAAAAAAAUUUCAGAACAUGCUAAUUCUUCAAGUGUUACUAAUAUGAGUGAGGUAUUGAUAUCUCUUUCAAGUACUAUAAUAUGUAGGAUUGCUUUUGGAAAAAGCUAUGAAGAAGAAGGACAUGAGAGAAGUAGGUUUCAUGGAAUGUUGCAUGAGUUUCAAGCUUUGUUGAUGGAAAUCUUUGUUGCUGAUUAUAUUCCAUUUACCGGUUGGAUGGAUAAAUUGAGAGGAUUGCAUGGUCGAGUUGAUAAAAAUUUCAAGGAGUUUGAUGAGUUUUAUCAAGAGAUUAUUGAUCAACAUUUGGAUCCAAAUAGAGAGCAUUCAGAUCAAGAGAUUAUUGUUGAUGUUUUGUUGCAGUUGAAGAAACAACGUUCGUUUUCUUUUGAUAUUACUUAUGAUAUCAUCAAAGGAGUCCUCAUGGACAUGCUUGUAGCUGCAACAGAUACUACAUCGGCCACAUCAGUUUGGGCUCUGGCUGCCCUAGUAAAAAAUCCAAGAGUAAUGAAAAAAGUACAAGAAGAAAUUCGAAACGUGGGAGAUAAAAAAGAUUUUUUAGACGAAGUUGACAUUCAAAAUUUUCCUUAUCUAAAAGCAGUAAUAAAAGAGACACUAAGAUUGUAUCUACCUGCCCCACUGCUUGUGCAAAGAGAAGCACGUGAAAAAUGCACUGUAAGUGGAUACGAUAUUCCAGCUAAGACAAUAUUGUACGUGAAUGCUUGGGCUAUUCAGAGAGACCCUAAUGUUUGGGAAAAUCCACAAGAAUUUUAUCCUGAGAGAUUCUUGAACAGUUCUAUAAAUUUUAUUGGACAAGAUUUUGAACUAAUACCCUUUGGAGCUGGUCGUAGAAUUUGUCCAGGUUUGCCUAUGGCAGUUGCCUCAUUGGAACUUUUCCUUGCUAAUCUUCUUUAUUCAUUUGAUUGGGAAUUGCCACACGGGUUAAAAAAGGAAGAUAUUGAUACUGAAAUGUUGCCAGGGAUCACUCAACACAAGAAGAAUCCUCUUUGCCUUGUUGCCAAAAUUCCUAUGUAG